CUUCCCUCCUCCUCCGUCCUUCUUCUUCGUCGUCCGGCGGCUCCUUCCUCCUCCUCCUCCUCCUCCCCGGUUCUUCUUCAUCAUGGGCUUCGGUGACCUGAAAUCAGCCUCCGGCCUUAAAGUGCUGAACGACUUCCUGUCGGACCGCAGCUACAUAGAAGGGUACGUCCCCUCUCAGGCUGAUGUGGCGGUCUUCGAGGCGAUCUCGUCGCCACCCUCAGCCGACCUGUGCCACGCUCUCCGCUGGUACAACCACAUCAAGUCCUACCGGGACCAGAAGAACAGUCUUCCAGGUGUGAAGAAACCUCUGGGUCAGUACGGUCCUGCAGGUGUGGCUGACAGCACCUCCGGCUCCGCACCCGCCUCAAAGGACGACGACGACGAUGACAUCGACCUGUUCGGCUCCGACGAUGAGGACGACGCAGAGGCAGCCAGGCUGAAGGAGGAGCGUCUGGCAGAGUACGCAGCCAAGAAGGCCAAGAAGCCCGCCCUCAUCGCCAAAUCUUCGAUCCUAUUGGACGUCAAGCCGUGGGACGACGAGACGGACAUGGCCAAGUUAGAGGAGUGUGUUCGCAGUAUUCAGAUGGACGGACUUCUCUGGGGACAGUCCAAACUGGUCCCAGUGGGUUACGGCAUCAAGAAGCUGCAGAUCAGCUGUGUGGUCGAGGACGACAAGGUGGGCACAGACGUCCUGGAGGAGCACAUCACAGCCUUCGAGGACUAUGUUCAGUCAAUGGACGUUGCUGCUUUCAACAAGAUCUGAGAAAACAACAAACACAAAGUCAUGCUCACAAUAAAAAGCACUUCAACACA